AUGGCGCAAGCAGAGAUUUUGCAAGCAAAAACCGACCAGGAGGAGUUUGUGGAGUCAAUUGAGGAUGAGCCAUCCAAAUCGCCCUCCAAUGACCAAAAUGGACACCCCAAACAGGACCAGGCCCUGCAGCUGAUCGAGGAGGUCGGCUACUCGACCAUCCUGACCCCCGAAAACAACAGACGGGUGCUUCGCAAGAUAGACCUUCGUCUUUUGCCGAUCUUACUGGCGAUUUACUUCCUCCAGCAGCUCGACAAAUCCACGCUCUCUUUUGCGUCCGUCUUUGGUCUCGUGGAGAAGACCCAUCUUCACGGACAGAUGUAUUCGUGGCUAGGCUCGGUUGUGUAUGUGGCCCAGCUGGUCUUUCAGCCGCUGGUGUCCUACGUUUUGGUCAAGGUACCCAUAGGGAAGUUUCUGGCUGUGUCAGCACUUCUUUGGGGUAUUGCUCUGUCGUGCAUGACGGCCGCGAAUACGUUUGCUGGGUUGAUGGUCUGUCGACUGUUUCUUGGGAUCUUCGAGGCGGGAAUUGCUCCUGCAUUCAUCGCGGUGACACAAAUGUGGUAUCGACGUCGAGAACAACCCGUAAGGCUGGGAUCUUGGUAUGCGAUGAAUGGCGUGGUGAAUAUGUUUGGCAGCUUGAUCACGUACGGACUAGGACACAUCCACUCUUCCGUAUUCGAGCCGUACCAGAUCAUCUUUCUAUUCUUUGGCUUGAUCACAAUCGGAGUCUCCGUCGCCGUCUUCGUGUUCAUGCCCGACUCGCCCAUCCAGUCCAAGUUUCUGGCCGAAGAGGACAAGCUCGUGGCGAUCGAGAGACUUCGAAUGAACCAGCAAGGAAUCGAGAAUCACGAAUGGAAAUGGGAUCAUGUGAAGGAGGCUUUCCUGGAUCUCAAAUCCUGGCUAUGGUUUGCUUUGAUGAUGUCCAUCUCCAUCCCGAGUGGUGGCAUUACAACUUUCGGCCCACUGAUCGUCAAGUCCUUCGGUUUCAAUGAUCUCAAUACCAUCCUUCUCAACGUUCCCUUCGGGGCGGUUCAACUCAUUGCCACCAUGGGUGGCGCUUGGCUCGCGACUGCUUGGAGGAUGAAGGGCCCUGUUUUGGCCCUGCUUUGCCUUCCGCCUAUCGCCGGCUGUGUGAUGCUUUUGAAAAUCCCGCAUGACCACGCCCACAAGGGACCUCUGCUAGUUGGUUACUAUAUUAUAUCUGUCUAUCCGGGGAUUACUCCAUUGAUCUACUCCUGGUCUGCCGGUAACACGGCUGGGGAGACUAAGAAAAAGGUCACCACUGGGAUUUUCAUCGUGGGGCAAUGCGUGGGCAAUAUUAUUGGGCCCACGCUCUACACCACAGAUGAGGCGCCGCUGUACAGACGUGGUCUUCUCUCCAAUCUCGCUCUUUUUUGCGUCUUGGUCUUUUUGAUCCUACUCAAUAUGUUUUAUCUAUCCGUUCUCAACAAAAAACAUGAGAGCCAGCGCGUGGCACAUGGAAAAGACGCCAAAGUGGUCGACCACUCCAUGUUUGCUGUCGGCGCUAUUUCCAGUGACAAGGAGGGGGUGCCCGUGCAGCAAGUAGCCGAUGACAAUGCCUUCAAAGACCUUACGGAUUGGCAGAAUGAGGAUUUUGUGUAUGUAUAUUAG